CAUGACGGUGUCCUCAGUCCUGCUCGUCCUUCUGCAAGUGUGCAGCCUCCACCUGAUGGUGGUUGCCAUGCCGACCUGUAAACUGGAAGGGAACCUGAUUCAGUUGGCCCACAACCUACUCAGAGACCUGGGGACGUUUCCUGCCCACUGCCUGCCGUAUAACGCCAACAUCACCUUCCCACACUCCGUCUUCCCUGCGGUCACAACCAAUAAACCUCAGUGCCACCAAGCAUCGUGGGUGGUGUAUGAAUCACUGCAGGGGGCGGGGCAGAUUUUUGAGGAUUAUGACGUACCUGUCGGAGAGGGCGGAGUCACCUGGGACGACCAGAAACUCGCUAAGUUCCAACACCUGCAGGAGCGACUGCUGGAUCAGGGCAGCUGUUUGUCCAGCGUUAACGGUUCAGAGGUUGUGUCUUCGUACUUCAGUCAUUUGACGGCGGCUCUGCAGCAGCAGGAUAGCUCAGCCUGUGGAUGGAUGGCUCUGUGGAGAGAUCUGCUCAGGGUCCUGAAGUUCGCCCUGCAGAAGCACUACCACACCUGUUUCACCUGGAGACGCCAUGCCCACUGA